UUAUUUUUUGUAUUAUUUCAGAUUAGAACCUGUUUUAAAACGAGUAUUAUCGUCAUGUCUACCUUCAAUAUCACAAUGCAAGAGUGUAGUGAUAUAAAAAUGGGAGAUACGAGUAAAACUGUAAUUGUUGAUAACACCGAAAAAGUUAAGUUAGAAAUAUGCCAAGAAAAGCUAAUGAACAGAUACAAGACUACUUACGCAUAUAUGAGUUCCUCACUCUGGAAGGAGGGACACAAUGACUUUCCAAUUAAAGAAUGUUUUGUUGACGUUAAACUCCAAAAAACAGAUAUGAUAGGACGAAAAACGGGUGAAAUUAUACAAAUACAAGAGAUUUUCACCAAUAGACCCAAGAAGCACCGAACAGUAUUGAUUACAGGCGAUCCGGGAUAUGGGAAAACGACCAUUUGUAAAAAAAUCGCAUACGAUUGGGGGAGCGAUGAAGAUCGUCGAGGUUACUUAAGAUAUUUCGAUGCUUUAGUUGUAAUUGAAUUACGUGAAUUACGAGAGAAAAAUCUUAUUGAUGCCGUACUAGAAUGCAUCGACAAGAAUAAGGACGACAAUUUUCAAACCAAGCUAAGAGAAGCCAAAUGGAAUUUUUUGGUUAUUUUGGAUGGAUUUGACGAAUUUCGCCAUAACAAAUGUGUUAAAGAAUUCAUAACAAACGACUCUUUCGAACUUUCUGAGAAAAUGACAAUUGUUGUUACUAGCCGUCCACACGUUACUGAUGAAAUAAGAAAAGAAUUUGAAUAUGGAUAUUGCAUCGAAGGAUUCUCUCCCGAACAGAAAGAAACAUACAUUGAUUUCAUUGUUGGAAGAAACAAAGAUAAAAGAGAGUAUCUAUUUAGUCUGAUACGUAAUGAUAACUUCUGCUCCGAAUUAGCAAAAUGCCCAUUGAUGCUGCAUAUGUUAUGCUGUCUUCCCGAAAGUAAAUACGACCGCGAUAUAAAAUCCAAAGCCGAUCUGUUUGUCUUAAUAUUUCGUCUUCUGAUAGAACGAUACAAGAAAAAGAAGGGCACUGUUAAAAAUUUGAAUAGUGGAAAGUUUUUUGACGGAGAAGAUUCUGUUAUUAAAUUAGGAGCACUUUACUACAAAAAAGAAUUUCGGCAAUCGAAUACGGCUACCAGCUUGGAAGCACGAAGAAUAACAAACGAAGAUUUGAGAAUUACUUUUCAUAAUGAAGACGAAUACCAAUUUAUCGUUGGACUAGACGUAUUCGUAAAACGUUCAGAAGAAAAUAAUGAUCAAUAUUUUGAAUUUAUUCACAGAUUGUUUGUGGAAUUUGUAAUAUCUUUAUACGUAUUUCAUUUCAUAAAUGCUGUUGCAAUCCCUGAAGUAUACGGUAUUUUGUUUUUCAUUUUUGGCUUGUUUGGAAAUGAUCCGUUUGCAGGGAGCAUCGUAGACUUUCUGCAAACAAACCUGUUUCAUCCCGUAACUUGGAGGAAUUUUUACAAUGAAGUUAAAAACGCAGGAAACAAAGAAAUAUUUGUUGAAAAAGCCAAAUUAGUUUUUUAUUACGAUUGCUUAAACGAAUUUUUCAAGUUCUCUAAUAUGCUUAGAGUCAAUCAAAUUUAUUUUGUCAUUCCAGACAUUUUUGAGUACUACGAAGAUAUUAAGAAAGAAUUGAUUAAAUUUGAUAACGAUCUGAAAUAUUCGCAACGUCUUGAAAUACGUUUACUACUAGACAGAAGAUAUUCUAACGACACAGCCUCUUGUCGUUCGGAUACAUAUAUAAUAAUACAAAAACCUGUGCAAUUUUUAAGAAAUUUAAUAAAUUGUUACAGUUGGGAUAAGCUCGGCUUAUAUUUUUAUGGCAUCAUUCACAAUUGGAAUGCAGAAUAUUCUAUUAUAAGCGACAAAAAUAUUGACACUUUCAGAAGGGCAGAGGAAGAUUUAACAGCAGAAAUAAAGAAAGAAUUCUCUCCUAGAAAUGAAAAAGCCGUUGUAUUACACAGUGUACGAAAAGUUGGUGGUGAUAUUAAAUAUUUAAUAUCCGAAGAUCAGUUUAAUUCUUUAGAAGCGCAAAUUGCAAUCGAUCCACAUAAAAAAGAUUUAACUUCUGGCUUAGUUUCUCUAACUAUGGAUUGAAACAAUAAUCUUUUACUGUAAUUCCUAAUGAGAGUUCAGUUACAAUUGUUUGGCUCACUUAUUUCAAUUAAAAAUAUAUUUUAAUUAUAACAGAGGUUUGUUAAUUUUUUACCUACUACGAGUUCAUAAAGUCAAAAUAGAAAUACAUGGUGGAAAAGAGAGUCGCUUAACUCCCUUGCUACAGAUUUAUGCAAUAUAUGUAAAGUUAAUACGCUUACGUUAGAAACACAUUAGACACCAGGAAAACACAGUGAAGUGUGACACUCAUACUGAAUGCAACUGCACAACUGUAAAUGGGAUGUAGGUUAUGUGACACGUCAUAUAAAGUCAGAAUUUCACAUAGGAUUGAUAAGUAAAAAAUUCUAUUCACCUAUCUCGAACGGCUGCAGAGUUACACACGUUACAUGAUGUGCUCAAUUUACUGUACAGUACAUUACUUGGAUACAUUCUAUAUUAUUUAACAGAGGUGUUAAGUAAUUUUCUUUCCAACCCUGUAUUAUAUCAAAUCACUUGUUGAGUUCUCGUAAACACUUGGAUGAAAAAUUGUUACAGUGAAACAAUUUUAUAUUUCCUAUGUCUUUUAUUUCAUUAUGUCACUCACGAAUUAUUAUACAAUAAAUAUGAAUAUUUCUUAUUCAAAUCAAAUAAAUAUAUAUAUUUUUUGAAAUUAAGUAAUGUUAUAUUUUGUUUUUAAUGUAAAAGAUUGCAUGGUAAAUGUGAUGAAAUUUUGCCUAUUGAAAUUCUAAUGUAAACAUUUCUUGUGUUGAAAUAAAACGAUUUCUUCUAACUUUA